UGUAGCAGUUUUGUCAGAAAUUUUCUCGCACAAAGCGAAAAGUGUUUAGCUCAAUUUAUAAUUAAUUAGAUGUGAAAUGUGUAAACGAAAAUAGUUGCUACCAUAGAUUGUUAACCAUAAUAGCUGCAUUUGGCUUACCACGAAAAUAACGCCUUCAACUUGUAGAGCGUUUCUCCGUUCCUGGUUGUCUGUCAAUUUUUCUCAAAUUCGUUGUCUACACAACCCGCUCCAAAGGCGUAGGCAAAGGUGUGUGUGUGUAGGUGUGUAUGUUGUUUUGCUCCUUCCGACUGAGGCAAGGUGAAACAUGAAGAUGGCUGACGGCUCGACAAUAUUGCGUAGGAACCGACCAGGCACAAAAUCAAAGGAUUUCUGUCGCUGGCCCGAUGAACCGCUCGAGGAGAUGGACAGUACGCUGGCUGUGCAGCAAUAUAUACAGCAAUUAAUCAAGCGUGAUCCCUCGAAUGUGGAGCUGAUACUGACCAUGCCCGAGGCACAGGACGAAGGCGUCUGGAAGUAUGAGCAUUUGCGGCAGUUCUGCAUGGAAUUGAAUGGACUGGCUGUGCGCCUCCAGAAACAGUGCUCACCCUCAACGUGCACACAGAUGACGGCUACGGAUCAAUGGAUAUUCUUGUGUGCGGCCCACAAAACGCCCAAAGAGUGUCCAGCAAUUGAUUAUACGCGUCAUACACUUGAUGGCGCCGCAUGUCUGCUCAAUAGCAACAAAUACUUUCCAAGCAGUGUUCAACCCACCCACAGAGUGUCCAUCAAGGAGUCGUCGGUGACCAAGCUGGGAUCGGUGUGUCGACGCGUCUAUCGCAUAUUCUCGCAUGCAUACUUUCAUCAUCGUCGCAUAUUCGAUGAGUUUGAGGCUGAAACGUAUCUUUGCCACCGAUUUACGCAUUUCGUCACUAAAUACAAUCUCAUGUCCAAGGAGAAUCUGAUUGUGCCCAUCAAUGAAGACGAGAACACUGCACCCGGCGAGAGUGAAGCCUAAAUGGCCAAAACAAUAUAAACUCACAAAACCAACAAAACAAACAAACAUACAAACAAAACAUACAGCAUAAGAAGUUAUUGACGAACAGAAAAUUCAGUCAUUCAUACAGAACUCACUUAAACAUAUUUAUAAUAUAUAUAUAUAUUUACUAAUAGCUUGCAUUAGAUUCAAGGUAAACGCAUAAAUUUUAAUUUUUUCGGGUAACACAGAUACACACACACACAGAGCAUGAGAAAGAUGGGGUGUUGAAGAGGGGUGCAUAUAAAGUAGAAAGAACAAACUCAAUUGCAAAUUUUUUGUAUGUAGUUCAAGUGA